GAAGCCGACACGGUGCCCUCAGUGCUCUCCGGUCGGACGGUGUGCGGCUCCACGGCGGCACUGCGAUGAUAAAAGCCGCAUAUGCGGGAGGCUCCACACCUACCGGGAGGGAACCGAACCGAGCAGCAGCUUGACCGGAGCUCCGCAGCCUUAACUCAGCCCCGAGCCGCCGCAAGUGCCAGCAGUACCAUGUCCAGGCCGUCGGGGGGCGGAGCCAACGAUGUCACCCGCUUCCUGUCGUCAGGGGCGGGGCCAGGGUCUCCCACCUCUGGCUCCUCGGUGUUCUCGGCCGCCAGCCAGGCCGACUGGGCCGCCAAGAGGCUGGUGUGGGUGCCGUCAGAGAAGCACGGCUUCGAGUCGGCCAGUAUCCGGGAGGAGCGCGGUGACGAGGUGGAGGUGGAGCUGACCGACAGCCAGAGGAAGCUGACGCUGUCCAGGGAGGAGGUCCAGAGGAUGAACCCCCCGAGGUUCAGCAAAGUGGAGGACAUGGCCGACCUGACCUGCCUGAACGAGGCCUCGGUGCUGCACAACCUGCGGGAGAGAUACUACUCCGGCCUGAUCUACACGUAUUCGGGUUUGUUCUGCGUGGUGGUGAAUCCCUACAAGAACCUGCCCAUCUACACCGAGUCCAUCGUGGAGAUGUAUCGCGGAAAGAAACGCCACGAGAUGCCUCCUCACAUCUACGCCAUAUCAGAGGCGGCGUACCGCAGCAUGCUGCAAGAUCGAGAAGAUCAAUCGAUUCUCUGCACAGGAGAGUCUGGAGCUGGAAAAACAGAAAACACAAAGAAGGUCAUCCAGUAUCUGGCUCAUGUUGCUUCGUCCCAUAAAAGCGGAACUCUGGGCAGGAACAAGGAACCUGUGCAGAUGGACGGUUCUCGGUCUCUAACCAGAGGCAGCUCUCUGGCCAGCAGGGGUGAACUGGAGCGCCAGCUGCUGCAGGCCAAUCCCAUCCUGGAGGCCUUCGGAAACGCUAAGACCGUCAAGAACGACAACUCGUCCAGAUUUGGUAAAUUCAUCCGUAUUAACUUUGAUGUGGCUGGAUACAUCGUUGGUGCCAACAUUGAAACCUACCUCCUGGAAAAGUCUCGAGCUACACGUCAGGCCAAAGAUGAGAGGACCUUCCACAUCUUCUACCAGCUGCUGUGUGGAGCCACAGAUGAAACCAGAGCCGACCUGCUCCUCGGUACUGCAGACGAGUAUCGGUUCCUCAGCGGCGGUUCCAUCCCUGUUCCUGGUCAGAGCGACUCGGAGAACUUCACCCAGACCAUGGACUCCAUGACCAUAAUGGGCUUCACCCCUGAGGAGCUGCUCUCCAUGCUGAAGGUGAUCUCCGCUGUGCUCCAGUUUGGAAACAUCUCCUUCAUGAAGGAGAAGAACCAGGACCAGGCCUCGAUGCCUGACAACACGGCGGCCCAGAAGCUGUGCCACCUGCUGGGCAUCAACGUGUUGGAGUUCACCCGUGCCAUCCUGACGCCGCGGAUCAAAGUGGGCCGGGAGUACGUCCAGAAGGCCCAGACCAAAGAGCAGGCUGACUUUGCGGUGGAGGCGUUGGCGAAGGCGACGUACGAGCGUCUGUUCCGGUGGUUGGUUCACCGGAUCAACAGAGCUCUGGACCGGAGGCAGAGACAAGGAGCUUCGUUCAUUGGCAUCCUGGACAUCGCAGGGUUCGAGAUCUUCCAGCUGAAUUCCUUCGAGCAGCUCUGCAUCAACUACACCAACGAGAAGCUGCAGCAGCUCUUCAAUCACACCAUGUUCAUCCUGGAGCAGGAGGAGUACCAGCGGGAAGGAAUUGAGUGGAACUUCAUCGACUUCGGUCUGGACCUGCAGCCCUGCAUCGACCUCAUCGAGAGGCCGGCUCAUCCUCCCGGCGUUCUGGCGCUGCUGGACGAGGAGUGCUGGUUCCCCCGGGCGACGGACCGGUCCUUCGUGGAGAAGCUGUCGGCUGAGCAGGGCGGCCACCCCAAGUUCUUCAAGUCCAAGCAGCCGCGAGGAGAAGCUGACUUCUCCAUCAUCCACUACGCCGGAAAGGUGGACUACAAGGCUGAUGAUUGGCUGGUGAAGAACAUGGACCCUCUGAACGACAACGUGGCGUCGCUGCUCCACCAGUCGUCCGAUCACUUCGUCUCAGAACUUUGGAAGGAAGUGGACCGGAUCGUGGGUCUGGACCAGGUGUCCUCAGGUGAGAGCAGCGGUCCGGUGACCUUCGGAGCUGCAGGUCUGAAGACCAAGAAGGGGAUGUUCAGAACCGUGGGUCAGCUCUACAAAGAAUCCCUCACGAAGCUGAUGGCCACGCUGAGGAACACCAACCCCAACUUCCUGCGAUGCAUCAUCCCUAACCACGAGAAGAGGGCCGGUAAAUUGUCGCCUCACCUGGUUCUGGACCAGCUCAGGUGUAACGGGGUUCUGGAGGGGAUCCGGAUCUGCAGACAAGGGUUCCCCAACCGGAUCCCGUUCCAGGAGUUCCGACAGAGAUAUGAGAUCUUAACUCCGAAUGCGAUUCCUCGAACCUUCAUGGAUGGAAAACAGGCGUCGGAGCUCAUGAUCCGGGCUCUGGAGUUGGAUCACAACCUGUUCAGGGUCGGUCAGAGUAAAGUCUUCUUCAGAGCCGGAGUUCUGGCUCAUUUGGAGGAAGAACGAGACCUGAAGAUCACCGACACCAUCAUUCGAUUCCAGAGUGCCUCCAGAGGCUUCCUGGCUCGCAAAGCUUUCAUGAAGAAGCAGCAGCAGCUCAGCGCUCUCAGAGUGAUGCAGAGGAACUGUGCAGCUUAUCUCAAACUCAGGAACUGGCAGUGGUGGCGACUGUUCACUAAGGUGAAGCCUCUGCUCCAGGUGACCCGGCAGGACGAGGAGAUCCAGGUGAGGGAGGCCGAGCUGCAGAAGGCCAAAGACAUGACCCGGGUGGAGGCAGGACUCACGGAGCUGGACAGGAAGCACGUCCAGCUGAUGGAGGAGAAGGCGGUGCUGGCCGACCAGCUGCAGCCGAGGCCGAGCUGUUCGCCGAGGGCCGAGGAGAUGAGGGCCAGGCUGGCCAGCAGGAAGCAGGAGCGAGAGGUCCUGGGGGAGCUGGAGAGCCGGCUGGAGGAGGAGGAGGAGAGGGGCGUCCAGAUGAGCAACGAGAAGAAGAGAUGCAGCAGAACAUCAGGACUGGAGGAGCAGCUAGAGGAGGAGGAAAGCGCUCGUCAGCGCCUCCUGCUGGAGAAGUCACCCUGGAGACCAAAAUCCAAGAGUCUGGAGACGGAUCUGCUGACGGCCGUGGAGCAGAGAGACCGACUCUCCAAGGAGAAGAAGCAGCUGGAUGAACGUCUGAGCGAGGUGACCGACCAGCUGACCGAGGAGGAGGAGAAGACCAAGAGUCUGAACAAGCUGAAGAACAAACAGGAAGCCGUCAUCGCCGACCUGGAGGAGCGUCUGAAGAGGGAGGAGCAGGGCCGUCUGGAGCAGGAGAAGUGGAGAGGAGGAUGGAGAGCGAGUCUCCUGGAGGCCCAGGAGCAGCUGUCUGACCUGGGGCUUGCUGCUGCAGAGCUGAGGGGCAGUCUGGCCCAGAAGGAGAAGGAGAUCACCACCCUGCAGGGCCGGUAGGACUCCUCAACAUCUGCUGCAUCUGCCCGGAGAGCGAAGCUCAGAGAUCUCUGAGGAGCUCUGUCUCAGGUUUCAGAGCUGAAGGAGGAGGUGGAGAACGAACGGAUGAGAGAACGAGCAGAAAAACAGAGACGAGACCUUGGAGAGGAGCUGGAGGCUCUGAGGACGGAGUUAGAAGAUACUCUGGACACCACGGCCGCUCAGCAGGAGCUCCGCUCUCGUCGGGAGGCGGAGCUCAGCGACCUCCAGCGGUGCGUCGAGGAAGAAACUCGACGCCACGAAGCCCAACUUUCAGAGCUGAGAGUGAAACACGGAUCUGCCAUCGAUAACCUGCAGGAGCAGCUGGACAACAGCUGAGAGCCCGGCAGUCUCCUGGAGAAGGCCAAGGCGGUCCUGGAGGAGGAGAGGCUGAACCUGACGUUCGGAGCUGAAGAGCCUUCAGGCCGGUCGGACCGACAGCGACGAGGACGGAAGAGAGCCGAGGGCCAGCUGCAGGAACUGAACGCCCGGCUGGUCCAGGCCGACCGGAGAGGGAGGACGCGGGAGGAAAGGCUUCACAAGCUGCAGUGUGAGAUCGAGUCUCUCUCUGGGAGUCUGUCGUCCUCCGACUCUAAAACUCUUCGUCUCUCCAAAGAAGUCAGCAGCUUGGAGAGUCAGCUGCACGACGCCAAGGAGCUGCUUCAGGAUGAAACCAGACAGAAAAUGGCUCUGAGCUCCAGAGUUCGAGGUCUGGAGGAGGAGAAGAACGGCCUGAUGGAGCGUCUGGAGGAGGAGGAGGAACGGGUUAAAGAGCUCAACCGUCAGAUCCAGACCCACACCCAGCAGCUGGCGGAGCUCCGGAAGCAGUCGGAGGAGGUGAACACGGCGGUGGAGGCCGGGGAGGAAACCCGCAGGAAGCUGCAGAGGGAGCUGGACGGCGCCACCCAGAGGGAGAGGCAGAAAGAGGAGGAGAAGGAGAGGGUGGAGAGGCAGAGGGAGAGGCUGAGGGAGGAGAUCGAGGACAUGACGCUGGCCCUGCAGAGGGAACGGCAGAACUGUACGGCCCUGGAGAAGAGGCAGAAGAAGUUCGACCAGUGUCUGGCUGAGGAGAAGGCAGUGAGCGCUCGUCUGGCUGAAGACAGAGACCGAGCUGAAGCCGACAGCCGAGAAAAGGAAACCAGAUACCUGGCGCUGUCCAGAGCCCUGCAGGAGGCCCAGGACCAACGGGAGGAGCUGGAGAGGAGCAACAAGCAGCUCCGAGUUGAGAUGGAACAACUAAUAAACCAGCAGGACGACGUCGGCAAAAAUUUCCAUGAGCUGGAACGAACCAGGCGGACUCUGGAGACCGAAGCCCAGAACCUGCGGGUCCAGACCCAGGAGCUGGAGGAGGAGCUGUCAGAGGCGGAGAACUCGAGGCUGAGGCUGGAGGUCACCCUGCAGGCCCUGAAGGCCCAGUUCGAGAGGGAGAUCAGCAGCAGUGAGGAGAAAGGCGAGGAGAAGAGGAGGGCGCUCAGCAAGCAGGUGAGGGAGCUGGAGAUCCAGCUGGAGGAGGAGAGGACUCAGAGGUCACAGGCCGUCGCCUCCAAGAAGCAGCUGGAGGCCGAGCUGCAGGAGUCUGAAGCCCAGGUGGAGGCCGCCGGCCGGGGCAAAGAGGAGGCAGUGAAGCAGCUGAGGAGGCUGCAGGGCCAGAUGAAGGAGAUCCUGAGGGAGCUGGAUGAGACCAAACUGUCGAGAGACGAAGUGAUCGCUCAGUCCAAAGACAGCGAGAAGAAGAUCCAAACCCUGGAGGCCGAAGUUCUGCAGCUCUCUGAGGAGCUGUCAGUGUCGGAGCGUCAGAAGCGUCAGGCUCAGCAGGAGAGAGACGAGAUGUCCGACGAGAUGGUGAACAGCAGCUCUGGAAGGAACGCUCUCAGUGAGGAGAAACGACGUCUGGAGGCUCGAGUCGUUCAGUUGGAGGAAGAACUGGAGGAAGAACAGAGUAACUCUGAGCUGCUGGCAGAGAGGCAGAGGAAGACCACCCUACAGGUGGAGACCCUGACGGUCCAGCUGCAGGGGGAGAGGACUCUGGCCCAGAAGGCUGAGUCGAGCCGGGAGCAGCUGGAGAGGCAGAACAAGGAGCUGAAGACCCGCCUGGGGGAGAUGGAGGGUGCAGUGAGGGGCAAACACCGGCUCAGUGUCGCCGCCCUGGAGGCCAAGAUUGACUCCAUGGAGGAGCAGCUGGAGCAGGAGAGACAGGAACGAGCCAUCGCCAACAAGCUGAUGAGGAAGACGGAGAAGAAGCUGAAGGAGGUGAUGAUGCAGGCGGAGGACGAGAGGAGGCAUGCAGACCAGUACAGAGAGCAGCUGGAUAAGUCGAUGGUCCGUCUGAAGCAGUUGAAGCGGCAGCUGGAGGAGGUGGAGGAGGAGAACUCCCGCUCCAACGCCCAGAAGAGGAAGCUGCAGAGGGAGCUGGAGGAGAUGACGGACAGCAGCCAGAGCAUGAGCCGGGAGAUCACGUCUCUGCGCAGCCAGCUCAGACGAGCUCCGUUGCCGUUAGCGAUGCGAGGUCGCAGAGCUCUGGUGGACGAUCUCUCUCUGGAGAACUCGGACUCAGAGGAACCUCCUGCUUCUCCAACGCCGUCCUCCGGCCUGCCGGGAACCCCGACUCCGUCCUCCGAACACAACCUGGAGCCGCCGCCGUACGGCGUCAACAACGCCGAGUGACCGCAGAAACAAACGUCAACAACAAACGGCCUCUCAGUGCAGACGGAGACACAAACACAUCCAGACGCUUUCACCUAUCAAACAAACCUCGAAGAUUUUGCCUCAUUUUUUCUCUUGACGUGUAAAAAACAAACAAACAAGCAAACAAACAAACUUUUACAGCGGGAUUGAUUUUUAUUUUGUAACAAACUCCGGAAGUUUCUACGCCUCUGUGAUGCUUUUCUGCACAGCAAAUUAUUAUCGUCGUCGUCGUUGUUGUGGAGGCAGAUGGACUCAGAAAAGGUUCAGUGAUGUCAGGAGGAGAGACACCGACAGAGCAGCAGAACAUGCAGACACCAGCUCUGAGCUUCUCUCUGGUCUUUGGGUUUAUUUUGUAGAUAGAAGAAGGUCAGGUUUAGAUCACAGACCAACAUGGAGACAACUAGUGACAACAUCUAACCUCCUGCAGCGUCUGAAGGCCGUUCUGACCUCAGAAAGGAAAGAAUCGUUUUUCCUUCACUAUUAUUAUUAUUAUUAUUAUUGUUAUUGUUAUCAGACAUAAAAUAAGAUGUUUAGUGAAUCUGCUGGAGGUGAAAAUACUUAAGACAAUCUGUUCAAACACAGAGAUGAUCCUUUAUGGCUCAUUUUUUAAACACUAAUUAGAAUAUUGUGAAAAAACCAAACAGCUGCUGAUUAAUAACCGAUAUUUAAUGAUAAGGAGCUGUUUCAUAUCCGGAGUCUCGGUUGAAGUGGCAGCUGAGCUUCGGUUUGAAUCCUUUUCCGUAGGUUAGCUGGUAGUCAUAGCUUUAGCUAGUUUCUUUAACAUAUUGCUUCAGGAGUUUGUAUCAUUUCUGUCAGAUGUUGGCUGUAAGUUACUGAUCCCAGCUCGUUCUCUGCAGGAGGAAGCAUGUUUUAUUGACGGGACUUUUUGCAUGAAAGAAAAAAACCACAUGAAUGGAUUUUCUGGGACCGACGGCAACAAAAGCAGAGAAACUGUGAAUGAGUUCCUCUUUUUAUCCAAAGCAGAACGACUUGUGAUGGUUUAAGCGUUUUAUUCACUGUAACUCUGAUCUUACUGUAAAUUACUGAUCGAUGGAAGCUUGGUGUCGGCGUACGGAUGAGCAAAGGGCGUCUGUAGUGAGGUAGAGUAGCUCCUCGUAGGCGGCUGUAGAAUAAAAACGCUGCUUCUUAGUCUCGUAGUUUUAGCUUUUAAAAAAUGGAGGAACCCAGAAAUGAAGCUUUUUAUUUUCUUUACCCCCAAAGAAACAAAAUCAUCUGAAGGCGGAAAUGUUAAAGAGGCUUCUCUGCCGUUUCUGCAGCGUAUUUUAUAUUUUUUAAAAAUAUUUUGCGUCUUUUUAUUUUGGUUCGUAACCUUCUGAUGCCUCUUCAACAGCUGCUGGUCCGUCUGGAAUCAUGGAUUUAACGGGAAUGUUAACGGGAAGUGGACUGAAGCUGGGGAUUAUCUUCAUUGUUGGGUUAGUUUCUGCAUUAAUUAAUCAGUUGGUUGGUUCUAAAAUGUCUUUAAAUGUUCAAAAUGUGGAUCAUAGUUUCCUCUGAUGUCUGGUUUAGUUCAAAGAUCUUCAGUUUACUGUCACAGAGGAAAGAAACCAGAAAAUAUUCACAUUUAAGGAGCUGGAAUCACUGAAUUUAGACUGUUUUUAGUUUAAAAAUGACUCAAACUGAUGGAUUAGUAAAACAGCUGCAGAUUAAAUUCAUAUUUGACGACUAAUCAAUUCAUUAUUGCAGCUCUAGUUUAAUUUAAUUGAGUUUCUGACUGAUGGUUGAACUAAAAAAAAGGCUUUUUAAAGACUCUGAUGGACAUUUUCUCCAUCCGGAGACAUUUUAGAGACAAAACAAUGAAAAUAAUCCAGAAACUAAUCAUCAGAAUGAAAAUAAUUGUUAGUUUUUGCCCUGAAGAAGGUUAAAAGUCCAGAUUUAAUGGUAGCUUCUCUUGGAUUUCUGCAGAAAUCACCACAAACUACAUCAGGAGUCCAACUGGAGCUAAACGAGACUAGAAUUGUUUUUAGUAUCAAUUAUUUUCUGGAUUUGGAGCAAAAAUGUUCAAAAUGUGGAUCAGAGUUUCCUCUAAUGUCUGGUUUAGUCCAAAGAUCUUCAGUUUACUGUCACAGAGGAAAGAAACCAGAAAAUAUUCACAUUUAAGGAGCUGGAAUCACUGAAUUUAGACGUUUUUCUUAAAAAUACCUUUAAACUCUGAAUCCUCUGCAGUCAGUCUGGGUGAAUCCAUAUUUUCCAGGUUUUCUGUCAUCCAGCUGCUGAAGAGAAUGACUACUGAUGACGUAUUUAAGCCCAAUUAAUGGGUUUUUAUCUUUAUUAUUAUUGCUUUUAUUAUUUUGUCGAAAUGCACAGAUUCUGUUUUCUUAGUUCAAAGCUGCACUUUACAUCUAACAGUGGAGAUAAAAGCAGCUUCUGGCUCUGAAUAAUUCAAUCAUCCAGGUACAGUCGGUCUCCGUUGGAAACCAAAAACCCGACGAUCUGAUUGGACGGUCGCGUUCACCUGUAGCCAGUCGGAGGCGGAGCUUCUCUCAGCUGAUUUCUCUGUUUGUUUAUGGAACUUUUUUUUGGAAAAUGUGUUUUAUUGUUUUGUUAUUUUGCUGUAUUCAGAAACAUGUGACCGGGUUACCUUUAAUAUAUGUCAUUGGUUUUGA